AAAAUCGAACCAUGGCAUGGCCCUAGCCUAGGGUUUACAGAAGAGAAGAAGUAAUGGCGGACGACGACUACAACGAUUUCGAUGGCGGCGGCGAGGACUACGAUGAGCCUGUGGAGCCCGAGGAAGAGGUCGAGGAGCAAGAAAACAAUGAGGAGGCGCCGGAAUUUGGCGGCGAUGGGGAAUUCCAAGAGGCGGAGAGCGAACAGGUCAGUGAUAAGCCCAGGAAGACAACCAAGUAUAUGACCAAGUAUGAGAGAGCUCGCGUUCUUGGGACACGGGCUUUGCAAAUCAGUAUGAACGCUCCAGUGAUGGUGGAACUCGAGGGCGAGACAGAUCCACUCGAGAUUGCUAUGAAGGAGCUGCGUGAACGGAAGAUCCCUUUUACGAUUCGGCGGUACCUCCCUGAUGGAAGCUACGAGGAUUGGGGCGUAGACGAGCUGAUUGUGGAGGAUUCUUGGAAGAGACAAGUUGGAAACUAGUGAACAGAAAAAAAGCAUCUUGAAUGGAGGUGGUGAAGUUCCAGAAGCAGCUUGAGAGCCGCUGUGGCGGGUGAAUUACUACUACAAGAAGCUCAAGAAAGUUGUCAAGAGAAUCAAAAACCAGAUCCGAACCAGGAGCACAAGGUGCUCGAUUCAAAUGUCUUCUCGGUUGACAAGAGCAAGCUCCAAAACUUAAAUCCCAGUGCCAUCCUGAGCAGCUGCUGUGAACAAUCCAUAUCCUCAGAAACUUCCAUGGUUUGUGAUGACUGUACAAAACACUUCAAUAUCAUUAGGUUGUGCA